GGCAUCACCUGCAAUGCCCAUGAAAGAUCUGCACAAGCCAUAUGAGAUCAGUGCAUAUGGAAGUUGGGUAGCCAUUGCUGUUGAUCCCAACACACAACCAAGGUUUACACUCUCAAAACGCAAAUGGUGCAAAGUCAGAGGCGCACGCACAGCCUGGGGUUGGUUCGAGUCAGCCGGUGCUGUGCCUCUCGAUUACCCCCUAGAAAUCCCUUCCGAGGAAGGGCUCCGCGUCGGAGAUAUCUAUGUCCAUAACAUCAUUCAGUUCGAGGGACUCGACGCAACGCGUCAGGCGUGGAUCCGCGUUGCAGAGGUCUGGGAAGGCGGCAAUGCGUGGAUCAGCAUACAAGAGGGCCACGAACUUGCUGACGACGAAGGGCAGCGAUGGAGGUUUGCUCUGACUGCCAAAACCGGUCGGCCGACGUUUCGGAACGCAUGAAAUUUAAGAUGGGAUGGAUUGGCGAUUGCAAGUGCUUUCUCACGCAAUUCCAUUCAAACGGCGUGUUUGGCUGUACAAGCUAAAAGUCGGAAGCAGUUUAUAAGUCUUGAUUGUAUGGUGUACUUGUAGUGUAGCGAUCGUCUUCAGCAAUUGCUCGUUCGAGCGCUCAUCAGAGUCUUAUCAAUGGGAGUGUUGAACGUUGAAUUGCCAUGUUCAAUAAUAGCACGCAUUGACUU